UGAAGUCCACACAAUUCAGAUUCAGCAAAAUGUUGUUUUCUUUCUCAGUUUCAAAGUUAUUAACCCUAACAAGGUAUGCUUUCUCUCUUUCUUCCAUUCCCAAUUUUCUUCCAAUUUCUUCUUCAAACACUUUCCUUCUUUCAUUCUCUUCUCAUUCUCCUUUCAAUUCCAACGAAUUUGAUGUUAAUCAUGCUGUUUCCUCAUUCCAUCGCAUGCUCUCUAUGAAUCCUACCCCAUCCAUUGUUCAAUUCAACAGAAUUUUAACUUCUUUUGUUAAGAUGAACCAUUAUCCCACUGCUAUUUCUCUUUCUCACCUAUUGGAAUUCAAUGGAAUUAUGCCUGAUAUUUUUACUUUUAAUAUCUUGAUUAAUUGUUACUGCCACUUAGGUCAAAUGAAUUUUUCAUUUUCUAUAUUGGGAAAGAUUCUCAAGAUGGGAUUUCAGGAAAAUACCAUAACCUUGAAUACUCUUAUGAAAGGUCUUUGUCUUAACAAUAAGAUUCGGGAAGCUCUGCACUUUCAUGAUCAUGUGGUGGCAAAGGGAUUUCAGUUGGAUCAAGUUAGUUAUGGGAUCUUGAUCAAUGGGUUGUGUAAAAUGGGGGAAACAAGACCCGCGCUGCAAUUGCUGAGACGAAUUGAUGGGAAAUUGGCCAAUGUGGUAAUGUAUAGCACUAUCAUUGAUAGUUUGUGUAAAGAUAAAUCUAUAAACGAUGCUUACGAGUUGUAUGUUGAGAUGAUUGCAAAGAGAAUUUCUCCUGAUGUUAUCACUUUCAAUAAUCUAUUAUAUGGAUUUUGUAUUGUUGGUCAAUUGAAAGAAGCAUUUGGUUUGUUCCAUGAAAUGGUAUUGAAAAACGUCAACCCAAAUGAUUAUACUUUUAAUAUAUUGGUUGAUUCCUUAUGCAAGGAAGCAAAGGUCAAAGAAGCUAUGAAUGUGUUGGCUAUAAUGAUAAAAGAUGGUGUAAAACCGAAUGUUGUAACGUAUGGUGCUUUGAUGGAUGGGUAUUGCUUAGUUAAUCAAGUGAACAAGGCCAUAAAAAUAUUCAACACUAUGGUGCACAAGGGAGUGGUGCCGAAUGUUCGGUGCUACAAUAUCAUUAUUAAUGGAUUGUGCAAGAAUAAAAUGGUGGAUGAAGCCAUGAACUUUAAAGAAAUGCAUAACAAGAUGAUUGUUCCUGAUGUGGUAACUUAUAGUACCCUUAUUGAUGGUUUGUGUAAAUCGGGGAAAAUCUCUUCUGCGUGGGAACUUGUUGAUGAGAUGCAUCGUAUAGGUCUACAGGUUAAUGUAAUCACUUACAGUUCUCUAUUACAUGCUUUGUGCAAAAAGAAUCAGCUUGACCAGGCAAUUGCAUUGGUUAAGAAAAUGACAGACCAAGGUAUUCAGCCAAAUAUUAUCACAUACAAUAUAUUGAUUGAUGGACUAUGCAAAGGUGGAAGGCUUAAGAAUGCACAAGUGAUUUUUCAUGAUCUUUUAACUAAAGGCUACCAACUAACUGUAUGGACAUAUAAUAUUAUGAUAAAUGGGUUUUGUAAGGAUUGCUUGUUUGACGAAGCACUUGCUUUGUUAUCAAGAAUGGAAGACAAUGGUUGUAUUCCUGAUUUUGUAAGUUAUGAAACAAUUAUUUAUGCCCUCUUUGACCAAGAUGAAAGAGAUAAGGUAGAAAAACUUCUACAUGAAAUGAUUUCUAGAGGUCUAUUGAAAAAGCAAAACUAGCUUGUUGCUCAAGAAGCAUAAUUUGAGAAGAAUAAGAAGGUUUUUCUAUGUGAUGCAUUGUCUGUUCACUCAGCCUCCAGUCACUGUCACUAUUAAGCUUUAUGGUGACUUGUCUAUUUGCAUUGUGAAUUAUAUUUUUGUUAUCUGCUAAAAACCUUGUUUUUGUAAAUGCAGUUACUUAAUUUUUUAAAUGUGAUUUAGGAGUUAUAACAUGAUUUUUAAAGCUCCAUAUUGGGAAAAAAGACCUUGAAGCUCCAUAUAAUCAAGACAGUGGUGCUGGUUCGUGUGGUCAAGAAGUCCCUGAGUUAUGAGGAGUAAUACCUCCACUGCCACACAUCAUCAGUCACCCUUUGUUGAGUUCUUCAGGUACUCAACAAAUGCAACACAGAGUAGCACCUGAAAGGAUAUUGUUGGAAUAUUAUAAAAUAUCUUAUAAUAUCUCGUAGAAUCAAUUUGUAAUUUUAGUAUAUUUUAGAUUAAUUUUAGGAUUAGUUUCUAUAUUUUAGUAUGUUAAUCCAAACAAGCAAUUUAACCUUCUAUUCUCUGUGAAUACUUGCUCUGUUUUUGUAUCUUUAAAUAGAAAAAGGCUCGACGGGAAAACAAAUUCUUAUUCCUUAAUUUUUUGUUGGUUUGGUAGAGAGAGACUAGUCUCUCUAAUUCCAGGAGGUUGUGUUAGUUUUCUUACAGUUAUUGGCUAAUUUUACAGAGAGAUUGUUAUUCACAAUAUCAAUUUUGUUCAUUA